CAAAGUAUACAACGAGAUAUUUAAUUCAACCCCCGAAGCUGAAAGAACUUAGCUAAAUUUUUUUUUGUUCAAUUUAUAAAAAUAAAAUGAUGACAAGCAUUUGUUUUCUGAAUUUAAAAUUUAAAUUAAAAAUUUAAUAAAACAAAAUAAGCGCACAAGGCACGAAGAAACGUUAAAGUUUAAGUUCAACCAGGAACAAAAGUACGAAAAAUUAGAUAACUUUUGAAGAAAAUAUAACAAUCGAUGCAAUGUAGACAGUAAAUGUAUUUUUUUUGGUGUGUAUUUGUUUUGGAAUUCAGGAGAAUGUCGUUGUGGUGACGAUGUCUUAUAAUUAAGAAAGAAAUAAAUUAAAUUGUGAUGUACAAUUGUGGUCAACGCCAUAACAUAUGCAAUGCACUUUGAUGUUCUGUGUUUGAAUGCAUGAAUUCACUCGAAAUCGUCGAAAAAGUGUUGGUAGUAGUGGAGGAGGAGGAAGUGGUAGUGGGGAGGGAGGUGGAGGUGGAACCAAAUUUGGUGACGUUCAAAGUAACCAAAUUCUGACUGGUGAUGAGAACAGUAACGGUAGCAAAAAGCAUAACGGAAACGGAAGUGAAUUAGCAAUCGGAAGUAAGAGUAACAGCAAAAGUGGAGGUGGAAGUGAUAGAGCAAUAUCAAUUGACAGCAGCGAGGGGUCAGCCCAUAACCACCCUCCUCAAAAUAACUUAAGUUUUAACCAUUUGAAUUCACAAUCAGGAGUUGUUUAUCGCGAUCGCGACGAUCAAAUCAACCCUUUCUUUAACUGCCCUCAGCCUAUAAGUUCAAUUGUAAUAUUGGACAGUGGAACAACGACAACUGUAACCAAUUCCAAGUUGGAAUUGAAUGGAGCGACGGGGGGUAUUGGUGCCGCUAAUAGUAUGGGCACUAUGCUCCCCAGCAUUGAAGGUAUCGAUACAAUGGCCAACAGUCCAUCAGGCAUCGGUUAUAUUAGCAGCAAUAAUAGUGGCAGUUUGUGUGCAGGAACAACUGGAACUGGAAAUACACCAGCAACAACAACAACGGCUCAAGUUCAGCAAGUUCCUGCUUCAAAUUUGAACAGCAGCACCCACCAGAGCAUUCCACUGCCACUUAGUAAUAUCAUGAUUUUAAGUGGAGCAGCAGCAGCUGCUGCGGCACAAGCAAACACAGCAACAAGUACAGUAGGCAAUGCACCACCGCCAUGUGGUGGUGUUACAUCUAUAAUGGGCAUCUCUGGCGGUAUCAGUACGACAAUGGGACCGAGCAGCGCUAUUAGUGGUGUACCACCAAUCGGGCUGGGCAUUGCCACUGGGAUUGGUAAUAAAAUGCUCGGUCGAAAACAAAGCUUAAAAGGUGAACCAUUUUUAGCGGACUACGGUCCCGAGGAAUCGCUUAACGAAAGCACAGACAUCGAGUGGGUGAAUAAAUUGUGGGUAAGGCGACUGAUGCGCUUAUGCGCUUUAGUCUCGUUAACCUCAGUUUCCUUAAACACUCCGAAGACUUUCGAGCGACAUCCGCCAUUACAGUAUUGUACAUUUGCUUGCGAUACCGCUGUGACAGUUCUGUUUACCGCCGAGAUGAUUGCCAAAAUGCACAUUAGAGGAGUAUUGAAAGGUGAGGUGCCGUACUUGAAGGACCAUUGGUGUCAAUUUGAUGCUUCAAUGGUAUUUUUUUUAUGGACGUCUAUAAUAUUGCAAGUUUUUGAAGUGCUUGAAUUUGUGCCAAAAUUUUCUUAUUUAUCGAUUAUGCGUGCUCCAAGACCUUUAAUAAUGAUACGAUUUCUACGAGUUUUUCUUAAAUUUUCAAUGCCGAAAAGUCGCAUAAAUCAAAUUUUCAAGCGAUCGAGUCAACAAAUCUACAAUGUUACUUUAUUCUUUCUAUUCUUUAUGUCACUUUAUGGUCUACUUGGUGUUCAAUUUUUCGGAGAGCUCAAAAACCAUUGUGUCUUAAAUACAACCGAGGAGGACGAACAACCAUAUUUAACAAUUAAUUCCCUCGCUAUACCGGACACAUUUUGUUCAAUCGAUCCAGAUUCGGGUUAUCAAUGUCCGCCUGGAAUGAAAUGCAUGAAAAUGGACUUUCUAAGUAGUUAUGUGAUUGGAUUUAAUGGAUUCGAAGAUAUUGCGACGAGUAUUUUUACGGUUUAUCAGGCUGCAUCCCAAGAGGGUUGGGUUUUUAUUAUGUACAGGGCAAUUGAUUCUUUGCCUGCAUGGAGAGCAGCUUUCUAUUUUAGCACAAUGAUUUUCUUCUUAGCUUGGUUGGUGAAAAACGUCUUCAUAGCUGUGAUUACGGAAACCUUCAAUGAAAUUCGCGUGCAAUUUCAACAAAUGUGGGGAGCACGUGGCCACAUACAAAAAUGUGCUGCAUCUCAAAUUUUAAGCGGAAACGAUACCGGAUGGCGGUUAAUAAUGAUCGAUGAUAAUAAACAUGGCGGCUUGGCACCGGAAACAUGUCACGCUAUAUUGCGAUCUCCCUAUUUCCGAAUGCUAGUUAUGACUGUUAUACUGUCCAAUGGUGUUGUAACGGCAACAAUGACAUUCAAACAUGACGGGCGACCAAGGCAUGUGUUUUAUGAAAAAUAUUACUACAUCGAAAUUGCGUUUACGUUUUUCUUCGAUUUAGAAACUCUUUUCAAAAUGUAUUGUCUUGGCUGGCGAGGAUAUUAUAAACAUUCAAUUCAUAAAUUCGAAUUGUUGUUAGCUGUUGGUACAACAUUACACAUUGUCCCAAUAUUUUAUCUCUCAGGAUUUACAUAUUUUCAAGUUUUACGUGUUGUCCGUCUUAUAAAAGCUUCGCCAAUACUGGAGGGCUUUGUGUAUAAGAUUUUUGGGCCUGGCAAAAAACUUGGCUCACUUAUAAUCUUCACAAUGUGUUUACUCAUAAUUAGCUCAAGUAUUUCAAUGCAAUUAUUUUGCUUUUUGUGUGACUUUACGAAAUUUGAAUCGUUUCCCGAGGCCUUCAUGUCUAUGUUUCAAAUUCUAACACAAGAAGCCUGGGUCGAAGUAAUGGACGAGACAAUGAUUCGUACAAGCAAAACUCUGACGCCAUUAGUUGCAGUCUAUUUCAUAUUAUAUCACUUGUUUGUGACGCUCAUUGUGCUAAGUUUGUUCGUGGCGGUUAUUUUGGAUAAUUUGGAAUUAGAUGAGGACAUAAAGAAGCUGAAACAGCUCAAGUUUCGCGAACAAAGUGCCGAAAUUAAGGAAACCCUACCAUUUCGAUUGAGAAUAUUUGAAAAAUUUCCCCACUCACCGCAGAUGACUAUAUUGCACAAGAUUCCGAAUGACUUUACGCUGCCAAAGGUGCGUGAAUCUUUUAUGAAGCAAUUUGUUAUGGAACUCGAGAGCGAUGAUCCUUCUUGUGUGGUUGAGAAUUGCAAACGUCCAAUGUCCGAGUGUUGGGAAUCGAAUGUUGUGUUUAAAAAGCAAAAACCAGUUCAGAUUAUGAAUAAGACUCCCAAGGUUCGUUCUGCUGGGAGUAGCUUACGCAGGUUGGCCAUAACCCAUAUUAUUAAUGAUUCGAAUAAUCAACGUCUUAUGCUUGGUGAUUCAGCAAUGCUACCCGUAGUGGGAGCCAAGGGCGGACUUAAGCCCCAAGGAACCAUUACUCAUACAAAACCUUGGCGAGUUGAUCCUAAAAAAUUUGGAUCACGUUCAAUUCGAAGAAGUGUUCGAUCAGGGUCGAUUAAACUAAAACAAACGUAUGAACAUUUGAUGGAAAAUGGUGAUAUUGGAGCUGCAUCACGAGUUACAUCAUCUCGUGCACGCCCCCAUGAUUUGGAUAUCAAAUUGUUGCAAGCAAAACGUCAGCAAGCUGAAAUGCGAAGAAAUCAACGUGAAGAAGAUCUGCGUGAGAACCAUCCAUUCUUUGAUACACCGUUAUUCUUGGUACCUAGAGAAAGUCGUUUUCGUAAAGUUUGCCAGAAAAUCGUUCACGGUCGUUAUGACGCCCGACUUAAGGAUCCUCUUACAGGAAAGGAGAGAAAAGUUCAGUAUAAAAGUUUACAUAAUUUUCUGGGACUCGUAACUUACCUUGAUUGGGUGAUGAUAUUUGUGACAACACUUUCAUGCAUAUCGAUGAUGUUCGAAACACCAAACUAUAGAGUUAUGGAUCAUCCAGCUCUACAAAUAGCUGAAUAUGCAUUUGUUAUUUUUAUGAGUCUUGAGUUAGCCCUUAAGAUUCUAGCUGAUGGUCUGUUUUUUACACCAAAAGCUUAUAUAAAAGAUGUAGCAUCGGCUCUUGAUGUUUUUAUUUAUAUUGUAUCGACGUCAUUUCUCUGUUGGAUGCCAAAAAAUAUACCUUCGAAUUCGGCACCUCAGCUUUUAAUGAUUUUGCGCUGUGUUCGACCGCUUAGAAUUUUCACACUAGUACCGCAUAUGCGAAAAGUGGUUUAUGAGCUUUGUCGAGGCUUCAAGGAAAUUCUUUUGGUAUCGACGUUAUUAAUUCUUUUAAUGUUUAUUUUUGCUAGUUACGGUGUACAAUUGUAUGGGGGACGUUUAGCUAGAUGUAAUGAUCCAACAAUAACAAGACGAAGAGAUUGUGUUGGUGUGUUCAUGCGUCGUGUAUUUGUUACGAAAAUGAAGUUAUUACCGGGCUUGAAUGAGUCAUAUCCCUCGAUGCUAGUGCCUCGGGUUUGGGCUAAUCCAAGACGGUUUAACUUUGACAACAUUGGCGAUGCAAUGUUGACACUGUUCGAGGUGUUAUCUUUUAAGGGAUGGCUGGAUGUGAGGGAUGUUUUGAUAAAAGCUGUUGGACCGAUCCAUGCUGUUUAUAUUCAUAUUUAUAUCUUUCUUGGAUGCAUGAUUGGUUUGACAUUGUUCGUUGGUGUUGUAAUUGCAAAUUAUUCCGAGAACAAAGGAACAGCUCUAUUGACAGUCGACCAACGACGUUGGUGUGAUCUCAAGAAGCGACUAAAAAUUGCUCAGCCCUUACAUCUACCACCAAGACCCGAUGGUCGUAAGAUUCGAGCUUUUACAUAUGACAUAACACAGCAUAUUAUUUUUAAACGUUGCAUAGCUGUUGUUGUACUCAUAAAUAGUAUGCUUCUCUCAAUUACUUGGAUCAAAGAUGAGGUUCACACUGAGCGACUUGUUGUUGUCAGUACCGUUUUAACAUUCGUGUUUGUAAUUGAAGUUGUUAUGAAAAAUAUAGCAUUUACACCUCGCGGAUAUUGGCAAUCAAGGAGGAAUCGCUAUGAUCUGCUGGUAACAUUAGCUGGCGUUGUUUGGAUAUUUUUGCAAACCAUUUUAAGGAGCGAUUUAUCGUAUUUUAUUGGAUUCAUGGUGGUUAUCCUGCGAUUUUUUACCAUAACCGGCAAACAUACGACACUCAAAAUGUUAAUGCUUACCGUUGGUGUGUCCGUAUGCAAAUCGUUUUUUAUUAUUUUUGGCAUGUUUCUAUUGGUAUUCUUUUAUGCCCUUGCGGGAACAAUACUUUUCGGCACCGUAAAAUACGGCGAAGGCAUUGGUCGCCGGGCUAAUUUUGGAUCACCCGUCACUGGAGUAGCAAUGCUCUUUCGAAUUGUCACUGGUGAAGAUUGGAAUAAAAUUAUGCACGAUUGUAUGAUUCAACCGCCUUAUUGUACGCCUGGCCUUAAUUAUUGGGAAACAGAUUGUGGGAAUUUCACAGCUAGUUUGGUAUAUUUUUGUACGUUCUAUGUUAUCAUAACAUACAUUGUCCUUAACCUGUUAGUUGCUAUUAUCAUGGAAAACUUUUCACUGUUUUACUCCAACGAAGAAGACGCUUUGCUAUCGUACGCUGACAUUCGGAAUUUUCAAAAUACCUGGAAUGUCGUUGAUAUACAUCAAAGAGGUGUAAUACCUGUAAGAAGGGUGAAAUUCAUUUUGCGUCUUUUGAAGGGACGACUCGAAUGUGAUCCGCAGAAAGAUCGUUUGUUGUUUAAAUACAUGUGUUAUGAACUAGAUAAAUUACACAAUGGAGAAGACGUUACAUUCCAUGAUGUUAUAAACAUGCUGUCAUACAGAUCGGUCGAUAUACGCAAAGCACUUCAGCUAGAAGAACUUUUGGCGCGUGAAGAAUUUGAGUAUAUCAUCGAAGAAGAAGUUGCCAAGCAAACCAUACGGACUUGGCUCGAGGGAUGCCUUAAAAAAAUACGAGCCCAAAAUGCAAGUAAACAACAGAGCUCUUUGCUAGCCGGGUUGCGUGCAACAAAUGAACUUAUGAUGCGUGCUGCUGAAGAAAAAAUCAAAGAAACGAUGGCUGCAGCAGCUGUUGCAACAACCGCAGCUGCAACAGUUGCUGCUGCAUCAGAAAAAUCUACAGUUCCUCUUCCAAAAACCAGCUCUGAAGAACUUAAUUUAGAAACAGCUGUGUCACCUGAACAAAAGCGACCAUCAGUUGCAUCAAUUUAUAGUCAGUCUAUGUCACACCAGCCGGAUCAGCAACAAACCUCAACUCAAUUACAGCAGAAGCAACAGCAACCUGUGCAACAGCAAAUACAGCCACCACGUUUAACAGCGUCAUCUACUGGAGCAACCAAAAAACAAACAUUAAUUCGAUCUGAUUCAACUGGCAGUGUGUCUGGAAGGAAACUUCUUGCUCCCACUUCUUCAGAUCCUCAAGCUAGGCCGGACAAAGAGCGCUGUUUGAGCAAUAAGAAAAUUGACAAAAAACCACUUGCUCUGCCGUCCAGCAAAAGUAGCUUCAACGACUUUACAUCACACCAUCCUUCCAUAAUCACUCAUCAUCAUCAUCACCUUUAUCAUGAAGCUCAACAUUCCCGGUCCUUCAUUUAUCAUCAGCCACAUCACUUUCAGUACAAUAGUCAACAAAUACAAACUCAUAGUGACAUUGUUGCAACAAUAAACGGACAUCAUCAGUCUCAAUCGCAAUCCCAACCUCAGUCCCAGACCCAGUCCCUACAUCAAUCCCAACAACAUGCUACAACAGCCUCUAUAAGUGCCGCCGCCAAAGUACUUCCCUUUAAUAACCCAGCAAAUGUAGUCUACGAAGUGCAUGAUUGGUGGCAAGAACAAGUCGUUUGUGCGCAGGGCAGUGAAGAUGAAUGUUAAGUAUACCAAAUGUAAAAUAUAUAAAAAAAAGUUAACACUAUAGCCAGCUAAAAUAUUGCUGGAUAAGUAUUUUCAGAGGCUCUGAUUGGUCAAAUUUCAUAAAUUUCAAAAUGGCCGUUUAAAUGUAAAUUUUACUCACGGCCAACAUAACGCGUAAAAUUUGGAAAAAGAAUAAAACAGUUCAGAAACGCGUCAGAAAAGAGUAUUAAGAAUAUCAGGAAUUGAAGUUACACUUCUCAUUCUCCGAAAUUCACUUUGUAGGUUCACACAAUAUUGCAAACAAAUUUGACUCCUAGAUGGUGCUAAUAUCACUAGUUAAUUUCUUUGACAUUCUUGUGAAAAAGUAAAUUUUUCACUCUGUAAAAACUCCGGAAAAGAAGUAUAACUUCAAAAGUUUCUCACUGAACGGCAAAGAGUUGUAGAUACUUACUCUCCUGUUAAGAUCCUUUUUUAAACAAGUUUGCGAACGGAUUUUGAAACGUGGAAUAACGAUACCAUUCCAAUUUAAAAAAAACUUGAUUGAAGUAAAUAGAACCUACAGUAAACUCGGUAAAGUUUUUGUUUUUUUCAGCUGUUAUAAUUUUACUGACUGAGCAUCAAAGUCUCACGAGAUCUCUUAUAAUUCUGAAAUCAAUUUUUCAAACUUUUUUUGUAUCAUAGUUUUUAUCAUACAUGUAUUCUCCUAGAAAACAAUAGAAAACAACAAUAGAAAACAAAAUCCACAAUUUAGAAUAAUAGGAUAAUAAAUUCGCUUAAACUUUGAUCAAAACUAAAAAAAUAUCAAAGGUGUGAAUAAUAUUAAUUUUCCAUUUUGUAGAACAAUUUUUUGUCAUGUUAUAAAUAGAAUGCGUUCCCAAAAUGUAAACAAAAUAAUACAAAAUAGGAAAAUAAAUAAUGUAAAUAAAUCGAAUUAAAAUCAAAUGUUAUUAAACAAGCUUGCACGUCAAGUCGGUUAUACAGAGUUUUUGUUUAAAAGUAAAAAAAAAAUAAUAAUAGAACUAAUGUUAUUCUAGUACUUAAAUUUAAUGUUAAUGAAAAUGUUUUGUACCUUUAAAGCACAA